CCCUAGGAGGCCAGAUAGUCACAGGCUUACAGCUACAGAUGGUAUCUAGCACAAAGCUUGACGUCGAAGCGCGUCGGUCUGGUCAAGCACAAUGGUACGACAAUUGACUCAAAGUACGGCCGAUUAAUAACGGCGAAACCUAUUUCGUGCAUCUGUGUCUGUUAUCGGUAUUGGUUAUUCUCGUAUAUGUACACUUCUCUCGAGUGCUAUGUGUGAAGCGAGUGAUUGUGCAUGGAAGAAGGUUAAUUAAAAUUGUUUUUUCGUUUAGCCCAGGUGGGUUUUUAGCAUAUUUGUAGAUCUUACCGUAGUAAAGUGCUUCCGGUUCGACCCCACGUAUGGAUACGAUAUAUGAAUUACGGAAUGUACCUAUAACAAGUAGCUGCACAACGCUCGUAUCAUCUGUUACCGACCCCGAACAAAGAUGUUGUUAGUAGUCAAUCAAAUUAUCCCUACCGGAUCUUUUUUUGCUUGAGUUCCACGUAUGAGAGUCAAUAUAUCGUUCUAUGUACUUUAGCCAACAACAGGCCAGAGGUUUAAACCAAUGAAACGCAUGUGUCAGACCCUCCUAAUCAACUGGAAUCAACAAUGUGCUCUGCGGCACGGGUGCAUAAGUACGAUUGGAUCAAGCUGAGAAGAGACUGUUUUUGUUCUGCUUUUUCUACGUCACGGCUUCUCGUAGUCGCUGUUCAUCACGAACAGAUUCGCCGGACGGUAGAAGAAACGAAGGAAUGCGCUGGUUGCCAGGCGCCAAAGCAAAAUUGCAAAUGGCGGCCGCAGUGGAAGCUCGCCUUCCGCGUUUUAGCGCAACUCAAAUUGACGGAACUUGCUGUUUACGUUCCAAACAAGAUAGUGCUCCUGGUGCUCAAAUUGUGUUGUCAGUUGAUUCUUGUGAUGUGCCGCACAAUGUAAUGUGCCAGAAAUUUUGCCUGGUUCCUACUCCAAUCCUCAGUAAUUUUGGGAUUUCUCUCGCUAUGGCAGAAUAUUGAUUUAUCGCUGUAGUGACGUUCUGAGGGCUCUCACGAGCCCUCUUCUGCCAGUUCUAUAGUAGGUGUGGAAACAAUAGCCAUGAGCAGUGAACCUGAUGUGGCGACAGCCGCCAAAAAGCGAACCCUUGAACUCGAGGCGUUCUCGUCACUGGUCGACGCUCUACGAGCCGCAGGACCACUGACCCCCGAACGUAAAACGCUGUUGCAACAAACAGCUAACGCGCUCAAAAUCUCGGCUGAUCGAUACAAGGCCGAGAUCCGUCGGGCACUGGCUAAACCGAAUUUAUCUGGAGAGAUCGACGAAACAUCAUGGGCAAUGGAAGGUCGACGAGACACGUUCUUGCUGCCCCGAAAACCACCUCGAGCAACUCUGGCGGUCCCGUACGCCGCGUAUACGACACGGCUUACUCCUGCUCUUGUCCAGCUACCACGAGCGCCAUACAAGACUGUGGAAACGCAAACAGUAGCCCCAAAAGUGGCUGCCAAUCCAAAGCUCGUUGUAGUUAGCUCACCUCGCUCACAAGGUACCCAUACGAUGGUAUAUGCCAAACCUGCUGGCCAACAAAGACAGGUGCGAGUAUGUUCCACGCAGCAAGCUGGAACCCCUCAGCUGCCUGUGGUGGUCAGUGCUAAGGCUCAGCAGCAACAGACACCACAGCAACAACCAAAAAUGAUGACCGUUCCGACUGUUAUAAGGUCAUCUGGACCCGUUAUAUCUGUUCCAGUAAGCGCUGUUUCAAGUAGCAUUUGUAACAGCAACAAUGGCUGUAGCAGUAGCAGCAGCAUCAGUAGCGGUACCUCCAGUAAUCAGAGCUGCUGUGCUGUCAGUACAGCUACAGUCAAAAGUCUCCAACAGCCUGCUUGCCAGCAGAUUGGUAUCGGUUCAGUAAGUCAUCAACAUCACCAUGCUCAGCCGCAGUCCCAACAGACACCGCAACAAUGUAAGCAGAUCGUUAUUACUACACCCAAUACUGUUCAAGCGCAACAUCCUCAUCAACAGAUCGUGGAUAAAGUAAAUCUUCGCGCUUCACCGGGUAUACAGCAACAGUUUGCCUUGCAAACGGUGCAGGUUCGACCGACAGUUGGUACGCCGGUUGUCACCAAAGUGCUACAUCCUAACCGGACAAGCGAAUUAAAAGUGCUGCAGAAACCUCGGUUAGCGCAGGUUCGGACAACGGCCACCUCCAUAGCAUUGACAACGAUGAGUCCAACAGGCGUUCGGCUAGCCCCCACGUUAGCUAAUGUGACUAACGGAGGAAACAAGGUGCACAUUCACCCGACAGCAGCAAAUGGAGCCGGUGAAUCAGUACAGAGUGUCACAACGAUUAAACCGCCCACCAAAGUCAUAAAGUCACUAUCGCAGUGGAACUACGAUGAUCAUUCAGUAAUGGCCAAACCUGCCAUUGUUGCGCCAGUCGGCGCGGCCACGACGGCAAGAACAAUAUCGGCGCCUUCGUACGGCGGUGAGACGAUUCUACCAUCAUCCAGCUCAUCGUCAUAUCCUCAACAAUCGCAACAACAGCAAUACGUUCACCACCAAAAUGUACAACAUCCUGCACCAACAACAAAGAUUCAGCUAGCGAGCACCGGUGGCGGGACGGCAUCACAGACGCGCACGGUUCAGAUAGUCCAAAUGUCGACAAACGCUCAAGCUCCAAGCACACCCGCGCGGGUUCCGAAAUCCGUCCGAUUGAUCACCCCGUCGCAAGUCAGCGGCGCACCGCCGUCCCAUGGUACCAGCGGCAGCAGUAGCAGUAUGACGAAUAAUAAUAGUAACAGCAAUUAUAGUAAAAACGGCAGUAGUAGCCAUCAUACUAAUAACAAUAAUAAUGAUAAUAACACUGGUAGUAGUAUUAAUAGUACCAAUUGUAGUAAAAGUAGUAAUGUUAGUACGCAAGGUCAUUUACAUGGGCGUGGGCACCACGGAAGUCACCCGCCGGUGACGACAGCAGCGACACCGAUGACGACAACUACAACAAACAACCAGCCACGACCAUGCGACAACUCCUUAGAGUCGGCGGUCAGCGCCGCAACGAAGGUUGUAAACAGUAAUGUUGUCGUACAGAACCUUCCGUAUCAGAACUACCAAGGAUCGAUCUACAAGAUGGUCCCAGAAGACGUCAUCAUGGAAGAGGAGGUCGCCUGAGAGCUCAAUGAAUGGUGAAACUCCCUCAAUGUGAACCUGUUUUUUCUGUUGAUGCACGGUAGGACUUCCUAGAAAGGUAGAUUUUGUUGAUUGAACUAAUGUGACUAUAGUUUGAGCAACAGACAGUCCUCUCGACUGAAAAAGCAAAACAACAAAAGCGUUAUAUUUUGUAUUAAGAACUAAUUGAGUCUUGAUAGUAGUUCUAAUUCAGUUGCUUUAACAAACCACAAUAGACAUCUACUCGACUAGGUAUCAUGCCAGCCCGUGACGGAAAAAAACUGGUUCGACUUGUAGAUCUGUAAAUGAAACUGUGAAACAAAGCUCUCGCUCAUAUGAGAGCCGUUUAAAAACUAU